CUAGUAAAGUACCCAACUUUGUUUAUUUUAAUUGGCUACUAAAACGUUAUUUGCACAGCCAGAGCAAUCAGCCAAGAGUCGGGAUUCAACAGAAAGCGACCGCCUUUCGGCUCCAUUCUAGCGUAUGUAGCCGUGAUCCCAACAGGGUCCAGUUUGCUUUCGUCGAAUUCGUUCGUUUUUCUAGAGAGAGAUUGAAAUGGGGAGGUUUUGGGUUUGGUCAUGGAGGAGAAGGUAGAUAGAAAUAGAGACAGAGGCAGUGGCAGUGGAGACAAUAAUGGAAGACGAAGUGCUUGGAUCAAUGGGAACAAGCGCUAGCUUGGCACUGAGAUUGGGACAGGCCUUCUUCUCGACUGCUUCGCUUCUGUUCAUGUGCCUGCACAUCGAUUUCUAUAACUACACUGCUUUCAGCUACUUGGUGACAGUAAUGGGACUAAUGAUCCCAUGGAGCCUAACACUAGUAAUGGUGGAUGCAUACUCUGUCUUCAUCAAGUAUCUGCCUCACCAGCCAAGGAUCCUAUUGAUCAUCAUAGCCGGAGAUUGGGUUUUGUCAUUUCUGUCGCUGGCGGCGGCCUGCGCGACAGCAAGCGUCACAGACCUGUUGGUGGACGCAGGUGGCUCGUUCUGCCCGGCCAAGUCGUGUAGCAGGUUUCAGCUGUCGGCGACCAUGGCGUUCUUGUCUUGGUUCCUCUCUUUUGCUUCUUCUCUCUUCAACCUCUGGCUUCUUCCUUCUUUGUAGUACUCACCAAAUGGCGAUGAUUAGAGAACAUUGAUAUCUCCAAGUUCUUCCAAGAUUAGUACAGCUAGGUCUGGACGGUUGAUCCAAUUCAUUGUGGGUUCGAACCUUCAUCCCGAUUCUCCGAUUCAUUCCAGAUUUGAACCUUUUUUUUUAGAGCCGAUUUUGUAGUCUUUUUGGAAUGGGCCUUAAUCUUUAGAACGUGUAGUCGUAAAUCUUUUGCAAUGAUUUGGUUGGAUGUUUUUAAAAUAUAAGUGAAAUUUACUA